GAAAGGACCACAUAACUCCUGGUGCAGCAAAGAGGUUCUGCUUCUGCAAAGCAUUUGCUGGACUCCUGAAAAAUUAUUUUGAAUAACAUGGCAGAGAAGGAUUUCAUCACUUGGCAUCUACUGGCUUUAUUUUUUCUUCCAUUUUGCCUGUGUCAAGAUGAAUACAUGGAGGUGAGCAGAAGAUCUUAUAAACCAGUGGCCAAAGUAUUGCAAAGUCACCACCAGACUGGCCAUAAAGGUUCCAGAAGCAGGGAAAUAUUGAAACAGCGGAGUCAACUUAUAGAGUGGACUGUUGAUAAUAGCACUUCUACAGACCAAAAGGUCCUGAGACCAGAGGUAGAUGAUGUAGAACUGACUACCUCAGAUAGAGUCCAGCCCCCACAGACCGGACCGCAGAAUCCAGACUGUAGUUCCUGCUGCCGUGGUGACUUUGGAGUUCGACUUUACCAAGGGCCCCCAGGACCUCCCGGGCCCCCUGGGAUGCCAGGAAAUCAUGGAAACAAUGGAAAUAAUGGAGCAACUGGCCAAGAAGGAGCCAAAGGUGAGAAAGGAGACAAAGGAGAUAUGGGACCGAGGGGAGAGCGUGGCCAUCAUGGACCCAAAGGCGAGAAGGGUUACCCUGGGAUCCCCCCAGAGCUACAGGUUGCCUUCAUGGCUUCCAUGGCUACUCACUUCAGCAACCAGAACAGCGGGAUCAUCUUCAGUAGUGUCGAAACCAACGUUGGGAAUUUUUUUGAUGUCAUGACUGGGAGAUUUGGUGCUCCAGUGAAUGGGGUGUAUUUCUUCACCUUCAAUAUGAUGAAACAUGAAGAUGUGGAGGAAGUGUACGUGUACCUCAUGCAUAAUGGUAAUACAGUUUUCAGCUUAUAUAGCUAUGAAUCAAAAGGGAAAGCGGACACGUCAGGAAACAGUGCAGUGCUAAAACUUGCCAAGGGAGACGAAGUUUGGCUGCGAAUGGGAAAUGGAGCCCUCCACGGGGACCAUCAACGCUUCUCUACCUUUGCUGGUUUUCUUCUUUUUGAAACCAAGUAG